UUUUCAUUCACUGGGUGUGACAGGAACUCUAAAGGUGUUGCUGUGCAUGGACCGAGUUUAAAUCGAACUGUUGAAAAUUAACUGUAGAGGCUGGAAGAAUGGAAAUGUUUGCCCAUUGUGCUGGGAUUCUUCUACUUGUCUUGCAUGCAGCUGAUUCACAGGGUAAUGAAGUAAAAACGAUUGAGGUCCCUUUAGGAGGCACGGUAAAUAUCAGCUGUGGAACUUCAGCUUUGGCAAGGUUCGUGACCUGGUACAAGGAAGGACAAAACAAAAACCUGUGCAAGAUUGAUCAGGAUGACAAUAAGUUGAAAGGAGAGCAAAAGUGCACCCCACACUUCUGUAAUCUAAUUAUCAACAAUGCGCAAAGGAAUGUCUCUGGCACUUAUACCUGUGUUGUAAGUCAGAACAACAGAACUCUACUCAUGCACAGGACAAGAGUGAUAAUCACAGAAACUUUGAAGCCAACUCUUUCCAUCCUUGGGCCAUCGUUCUUGCAGGAUGGACCGUUGAAGCAUGAUAUUCCUCUGCUCUGCACCGUUUUCAACGUUAACCCUAAUUCAAAUACUGUUAUUUGGAAUAUUAGUGGAAAAAUAUAUCAGGAUAAGAUGGAUGUUGACAUGAUAGAUGGGAAAGGAGCUUUCAGUAUUUGGAGCUUGAAACUGGUUCCUCCAGAGGACUGGCAGUCAGAAAUGUCUUAUGCUUGUUCAUACCCAGGAAAUGUGACAACAGGAGGUGUCCUCAAACAGGAAGAAUCACAGAUCAAAGAAGCAGAACUAAGUGGGAGAAGGUUAAAUGUGGCUUAAAAGGAUUGAGAGUUUUGUGUAAUAAAUAGAAGAUGGAAAGACUCACAAAGAAGAAAGUGAAUGACAGAAUUUAAAGAUUCAACGUGAAGAACAGAAAUGCUUAUGUUAAUAUCCAGCCUUUCCUUCUAGUAUAACCCUAUGAUUUAUAAUCCACAAGCAUAUAUUAAAGACUCAGUUGCAUUUUCCAUAAUUCCAUGAGAAGAGAAGGCACUGCCUAUACUGUAAAGUAGUUUGAAUUUUAACUUAAACUUAAAUCUAUAUGUUGGAUGCCUGUCAGUUUUUAUACUAUUCAAAUUUUUAAGUAUUUCUCCUUUAUUAUAUCAAGCAAUAGAGCGAUCUAGUGGCCUAGAGGUGGAGCUCUUAUCUCACAAUCAGGAGGCUGUGAGUUCUAUCCUAGGUAGAGGCAGAUAUUUCUCUCUUUGGGCUCAAUGAGUAAUUGUUUGUUGCAAACUCUGAGUAGGUGUCAGGAAGGGCAUCUGGCCAAUAAAUACUCGAGCUCCAAUCAGUCACCCCAAUGCAAGGGAUUACAAGGUCAUUAAAAUAAAAUAAAAUAUCCAGCAACAAUAUUGUAGAAACUAUAAAAUUAGUUACAUGGCUAUUGUGAACACUUCCUCUGUGUUAGUCACUCAAAUUAGCUUGUAUAAAGAGCCUUAUUUUAUCUUAGCAAAACCCUUAAAGGUAGCUAGAUCUAGAGAUAAUAGCUUUUCUAGGCCUUUUGCUAGAAAUACAGUUCAAAAGAAUUUCUUUAUUUAUUUAUUUUAGAAAAAUUUUAUUGCUGCCUACUCACACAUGGCGACUCAAGGCAGCUUACAUGGAUAUAAAAACACCAUAUAAAAAUAAUAAUAGCUCCCUACCCCAGCAGCAACACACAUUCAUAAAAGCCAUUUAAUGGGCUCCAUUCCAUUCUGGGUUCCCAGGCCUGCUGGCAAAGCCAUGUGUUCAGCACUUUCUGAAAGAGUGUUAGCGUGGGGGCCAGUCUAAUCUCUGGGAGAAUGAUGUUCCAGAAAGAGGGAGGCAGUUCAUAUCAUACAGCUUGUCAAUUGCUAAUUUUUUCCCCUCAUGUUUCUGGAUCACUGUACCUGAAUGUUCUGUCUUCUGCUUGCAAGUCUACCAUUUCUCCAGCUAACCUAGUAUGGCACCUACUUUGUAAAAGUAAGUCCCUCGCCUAUAUUUGGAAAGCAUCCAUCUUAAUAGUUGUGAACUAUGCCUGAAGAUCCAUCCUUUUGCCAAGAUAUUUCUUCUGUCAAUGUUUAUAUGGAUAUUUGUGUAUGCCCCCUGUGAUUAAAUUAUACUGCAAACAUUCCAAAUGCUUUUACAUUUUGCAUUUUACUUUUAUGCUUAUCAAAUCAUGUUUCAUCAAAAUGUAUGUACAUCACUUUCAGUAUGGGAUAAAAAUUUUACACACACACACACACACUGAGAAAGAGAGACAGAGAGGCAGAAAUUGAUUAAUAAUAAUUAUUUGGUGAACUGAAUGAUAACUAAGAAGCAUCGUUUUACAAGUCUUUCGUUUACAGAAACACACAGUUCUUACCUAAGAGCUAGGAAAAUAGCCUUCUUGCCAUUAUAUGCAAAUAUAUGCCAGAGAGGCUGAAAAUGUGAGGAGGUAUUUCCAGCU